UUUUCCCACAAACCUCUCAACUCUCUCUCUCUCUCUCUCUCUCUCUCUCAUCCAUGGCCGCCAAGAAGAAGACAGAAGACCAGUAAACCGACAACGACCCACCAACACUCCGUUCCGUCUUAACCUUUCACACACAAAACGCAUCAUCUCUCUCUCUCUCUCUCUUGUCUUUUUAUAUGUGAACGAACAAAACUCCAUUCAGAGCUCUGUCUCGUUUUGCGUGUUCCACUUCUAGUAUUACUUUUCUUUCUCUCUCUUUACCUUCUCUCUCUGAAACCCACCUUCAGGUCAAGAUUUAGAGCAAUUUGGGAUCUGGGUUUGGCUUCAAAUGGGCAGUAAAUGGAGGAAAGCGAAGCUCGCGCUUGGUAUGAACCUGUGUGUGUAUGUUCCGAGGACCAUUGACGACGGCGACUAUUCUCCGCCGCUGUCGGAAAGGGGCUCCGACGCCGCUCUGCUCUCGCCGUCGGUUUCCAUGCCGAUGACGCCGACACCGUCGUCUCACGGGUUGAGGCUGUCGAAAAGUAUGAGCAGAUCGUCUAAGAAGACCUGCUCAAUAUGUUUAACCACAAUGAAACGAGGAGAAGGCCAUGCAAUUUUCACUGCAGAAUGUUCGCAUUCCUUCCAUUUUCACUGUAUUGCUUCAAAUGUGAAACACGGCAACCCAAUUUGCCCAGUCUGUAGAGCAAAGUGGAAGGAAAUUCCCUUGCAAGGUCCCACUUUUGAUCCUCCGCCUGGAAGGGCAAGAAUCAAUCCAGUAGACUGGCCUCAAAAUAACACUUUGAUGACUGUAAUUCGCCACCUACCUCCCCCUCGUCUGAAUUCCAAUCGCCAUGUUUUGCCAAUAUUUCAAGCUCCCGAGCCAGCUGUCUUUGACGAUGAUGAAUCCGUAGAUCAUCAAGUUGAGCUCAUUGGAAGAAGCUCGUCAAAUAUGAACACUGCUGAUACUGAUUUCCACAAGACAAUAAAGAUUAAAACAUUCCCCGAAUUUCCGUCAGUUCCACGGUUUGAUUCUUACGAUAACUUCACCGUUUUGAUCCAUCUCAAAGCUCCUGUUUCAAUUUCAGGGCAAAAAUCCAACAGAAACCUGGCUAACCUGCCACAAAUUUCUCAAACUCCUCGCGCUCCUAUUGACCUUGUUACAGUACUCGACAUCAGUGGUAGCAUGGCGGGAACCAAGCUCGCAUUGCUAAAGCGAGCUAUGGGGUUUGUGAUUCAAAAUCUCGGCCCAAAUGACAGGCUGUCGGUAAUUGCCUUCUCUUCAACAGCCCGUCGCCUCUUCCCUCUCCAUAGGAUGUCUGAUGCAGGAAGGCAACAAGCGUUGCAAGCCGUCAACUCUUUAGCUGCUAAUGGAGGGACAAAUAUUGCUGAAGGGUUGAGAAAAGGUGCAAAAGUAAUGGAAGACCGAAGAGAAAAAAACCCAGUUGCUAGUAUUAUACUGCUCUCUGAUGGACAGGACACAUAUACUGUCAAUGGUUCGGGUGGCAACCAGAAAAAGCCAAAUUACCAGUUGCUCCUUCCUUUGUCCAUUCACGGAAAUGACAGUGCAGCGUUUAAGAUUCCAGUUCAUGCUUUCGGGUUUGGCACUGAUCAUGAUGCUUCAUCAAUGCAUUCGAUUUCAGAGACUUCUGGUGGGACCUUCUCUUUCAUUGAGACGGAGGCUGUGAUUCAGGAUGCGUUUGCACAGUGCAUUGGAGGGCUUUUGAGUGUCGUAGUAAAGGAGCUGCAAGUCUCUAUUGAAUGUGUCCAUUCUAGCCUCUGCAUAGGCUCUUUAAGAGCAGGUAGUUACCCAAAUCUAGUGUCGCCUGAUCGACAUAAGGGUUUUAUCGACGUUGGAGAUCUGUAUGCUGAUGAGGAGAGGGAUUUCCUUGUUUCGGUCAACGUCCCGGCAGACUUUUCGAGCAGCGAAACAUCAUUGAUAAAGGUGAGAUGCGUUUACAACGAUCCCUUGACAAAAGAAAAGGUGACUUUGGGAAGCGAAGAAGUUAAGAUCAACAGACCUGAAAUAGGUGGACAAGAGAUUGUGUCCAUAGAAGUUGACAGGCAACGGAACAGGCUCCAAGCAGCCGAAGCAAUGGCACGGGCAAGAGCCACGGCCGAGCAAGGAGACCUUGCCGGUGCCGUGUCUAUCCUCGAGAGCUGUUGCAAGGUGUUGUCAGAGACUGUGUCAGCUAAAUCCCACGACAGGCUCUGUGUUUCAUUGGAUGCUGAGCUCAAGGAGAUGCAGGAGAGGAUGGCGAGCAGACACGUAUAUGAGGCAUCAGGGGCGUAUAUUCUUUCGGGACUGAGCUCACACUCAUGGCAAAGAGCAACGGCAAGGGGUGACUCCACAGAUGGUUCAAGUCUUGUUCAGGCGUAUCAAACCCCAUCAAUGGCCGAGAUGCUUAAUCGGUCUCAGGCGACAUUAUUGGGCAGUCCAUCGGCUCAGAAGCUCAUCCGACCAGUAUGGUCAUUUGCAUCACAACCGAAGCCAAGGUAAAAGGUUUUAGGGUUGCUACAGAGCGUGAUCUUCAAGAUGCAGUUGUGUAUUUUCAAUGCCUGUCUAUUUUUUUGAGAUUUUUGUUCUUGUUUUUGUUUUUCGUUUUUUGUUUUUUGGAUGGGGAUAAAUUGGGAAGAUAAGGAGAGGGGUUUUUGACUGUCAAUAUUGUUGUUGCCUUAAAUAUGUGAAGGAAUAAACUUGGUAAAGAGGAAACACUACUAGGUAGGGUUUACAACUACUUUGUUUUUGUUUAACUUGCUGUUGGGGGUGAUGUACAUAAAGAAGAAAUGGUUUUGUCUUGAGGGAAGUGGGUAUAAGUUUGUAAUUGUGGGGAUAGUUGUGGUGAAGUCUUCACCUAUUAUAAGAUAGGCUGCAAUGUUAUUCUUUUCAGAUUUUUCUU